AUGCACCCAGAACACCAUCUCACACACCAAUCUCCUCCUUGUAGUCGUCGCCAGCGGCUUCCUCCUGGACCAAGGCGCCUACCAAUCAUUGGAAAUGCACAUCAAAUGCCCACUGAGCUUCCUUGGAGGAUUCUGUCGGAAUGGAGCAAGAAAUACGGUGAAAUCAUGCACAUAGACGUCGUCGGACGACCGCUCAUCGUCAUCAGCUCUUCGAAGGCGGCGAAAGAUCUACUUGACAAGCGGUCUGCCAUCUAUUCCGACCGGCCGCACUCCGUCAUGGCCCAUCUCAUCGGUUACGACGAAACCUUUGUCCUGCAGCCGUACAACGACAACUGGCGGAAACAACGUCGCCUAAUCGCUCAAGACUUCGCUCAAAGUAACACUCCGAGGUAUUACUCUCUUCAAGAAAAAGAAGCCCGCAUCCUCGUUCGCAAUAUUCUCAAGAACCCCUCCUCACUGUUUUCCGAAGUGAAAAUGAGGAUCGGUACCAUCAUCAUCCGUGUCGCAUACGGAUACUACAUCCAGUCUCCGGACGAUCCAAUUCUCACAAUUCCGCUGACUGCAAUGGAGAACUUUAGCUACGCAACCGCGGCCGGAAAUUUCAUGGUCGACUUCAUUCCUGCUAUGAGAUACCUGCCGAGAUGGGCGCCAGGCGCAGGAUUCUUGAAGGUUGCUGAGAAAUUUCGAGAAACCUUCUUGAAAGCCACAUCGGGCCCGUACGAGUGGUGCAAGGCCAACAUGGAAACCGGCAAGACCCUGAUGCCCAACUUGUGCGGAACGAUACUCCAGGAAGCCGGUGGUGAGCUGUCGAAAGACGAGCAGGAAAAGCUAGUGUGGGCCUCUUCUAGCGUCAUGGGUGGGGGAUUAGACACGAACAUGUCCUCGGCCCUGACGUUCUUCGUGGCCAUGAUAAGGCACCCGGAGAUUCAAGCGAAGGCUCAAGCCGAACUCGACGCCGUCGUUGGGCAAGAUAGGCUGCCUGCGAUUUCGGAUAUCGUCAAUUUGCCGUACAUCCGAGCUAUAAUCGCUGAGGUCUUCCGCAUUAGCCCUUCAAUUCCACUAUGCGUCCCCCAUGCCGUCCGUCAGGACGACAUCUACAACGAUUAUCUUAUCCCUAAAGGAGCUCUGGUUCUGCCCAAUAUCUGGCACAUGCUCAAUAACCCAGAGGUGUAUCCCAACCCCUUGGAAUUCAUCCCCGAACGAUUCAAUGGCUCGGAUGCGGAGAUGGAGAAGGUAAAAGACCUCAUGUUCGGUUUUGGCCGUCGCGUGUGUCCUGGGCGGUACUUUGCUGAAGGGACGCUGUUCGCCAUCGUCGCAACGACUCUCGCAACAUGCGAGAUCCUGCCUGCGCUUGAUACCAAUGGGGAGGAACUCAUUCCUGAGUUUGCUUAUACCUCAGGCGUUAUCACAUUCCCGAAAUCUUUCUCGCUGAGAUUGAAGCCCCGGUCUGCGCAGGCGGCGGUGAUGCUCGCCGAGGUUUCCAGCGCAAUCGAGUGA